AUGAGCUCAGCGCGUUUGGGCACUGUCAUCAACGGUCGAGGCUCGCCUCCUCAGUCACCUCCUGAAUCGUCGUCGGAUGAAUUGGCUGUUUCAGACCAUGAGAUCAAACAGCGACAGACGAGCUGGAGCGUUCAGAAGAAUUUCACCCCGCAGCGUCCAAAUCACGAGCGUCGCUACGUCGGGUCAGAGAGUCCAGAUGAGUUAGCUGUGGAUGCUGAUGAGUAUUGGCGUAACUCUCUCAUUCGUGGCAGUCCCUCGUCUAGUAAUCGCCCGGUCGAUGACGCCUCUCCAAACGGAUCCGACGAUUUCUCUGAAAACCGACGGCGGGAUAAUGAUAACAAUGAUAAUGCGAUUCUCGAUAACAUGUCAGAUCGUUCCCCCACCCCAAUUCCUCCAUUCACGCCUCCUCCUACCAAGCCCGAACAACUGAGUUAUAGAGAAAAAUUCGUGCUUCAGGGCCACUUGCUUGGCGUAUCUGCUGUACAAUUCUCACCGGAUUGUUCAAUGAUUGCUAGUGCUGGCGCCGACGCAGUAGUCAAAGUUUGGGAUACCUUGACCGGUAGACUCAUUUACACCUUCGAGGGCCAUCUAGCUGGUAUAUCCACAGUCGCAUGGAGCCCAGAUGGACAGUGGAUUGCCUCUGGUUCUGACGAUAAAACUAUUCGGUUUUGGAACGUGAUCACCGGCCGAGCUCACACAAAACCCUUCGUUGGCCACCAUAACUACGUGUACCAAAUCGCAUUCGCACCAAAGGGCAACAUUCUAGUCAGUGGCUCGUACGAUGAAGCUGUAUUCAUGUGGGAUGUGCGCCGAGCACGCGUUAUGCGCUCUCUCCCAGCUCACUCUGAUCCUGUUGCCGGGAUCGAUGUUGUGCAUGACGGGACUCUGAUUGUUUCCUGUGCACUUGACGGCCUCAUCCGCGUUUGGGACACUCAUAGCGGUCAGUGUCUCCGGACCCUGGUCCACGAGGAUGUUCCGCCUGCUACUUGUGUCAAAUUCUCUCCUAAUGGCAAAUACAUCCUUGCCUGGACGCUGGAUGGCUGUGUUCGUAUGUGGAACUAUGUCGAGAGCCGAGUGGUGAAAACCUUCCAGGGUCAUUUAAAUACAAAGUACAGUCUAUCCGGCUGCUUCGGUCUCUAUGGGCCACCAGAUGUGAAGUUUACCCCACCACUAUGCUUCGUUGUCAGCGGUAGCGAAGACGGUUCCAUCAUCUGUUGGGAUCUUGUCAGCAAGAACAUUCUACAGCGGAUCGAGGGCCACACGGAUGCCGUCCUUUCUGUCCACUCUGGCAAAGUGGAUGGAAAGCGCAUGCUCGUCAGCUGUGGAUUGGACAACACAGUACGUCUAUGGGAGGAAGAUCUCGAGCCUAUCUUGAAAGGGUCGAAUGCUGCCUCUGUAGAUGCCAGGUCCGAAAGCGGAAAUCCUGAGGCUGACGACGAAAAUGCGAUGAUCGACGCUCCCCCGGAGACUCCUGUAGAGGACGUGAUUAUGACAUGA